AUGGGGCGCAGCGGUGGCCCUGGCCGUCGGGCAGCUAUGGUGGCGAGACUUCGUCUCGGCAGGGAAUUAGGCGAUGGCUACAAGCUCAUCUACCACGGCACAUCAAAUCGCAAUGGCGUUGGUAUCAUAUUGAACGAGUCGUUUAGAAACAGCGUCACAGCAGUGAAUCGACUAUCGGAUGGCUGUAAAAGUAGAUACAGGAGAAGUGGAAUUGCGAGUCGUCUCUGCUUAUGCGCCCAGAGGGGCUGUAGUGAAGAAGAGAAGGCGUGCUUUUGGGAAGGCUUUCUGGAGCAGUACGUCCAAUCCCUGGAAGGCGAAGUACUUCUAAUCGGAGGAGACUUCAACGGACAUGUCGGUUCUCGAAAAGACGGGUUCGAGAGUUGUCAUGGUGGAUACGGUUUUGGAGCUCGCAACGACGACGGGUUGCGAAUGCUGGAGUAUGCUGUCGCAAGUGACUUGAUCAUUGCUAACACGCAGUAUCGGAAAAGAAAAUCGCAUUUGAUCACGUACACCAGCGGCGGUCGUAAAACACAAAUGGAUUUCUGGAUGUUACGCCGAGUAGAUCGCCGACUUCUGCAGAAUUCAAAAGUCAUCCCUACAGACCAUGUCGCUGCCCAACACCAUCUGCUCGUUAUGGACUUGAAAAUCUCCCGUCCAAGGAAAAGGCAUCCAAGAACUGUAACACUGCGCAUCAAAUGGUGGAAUCUGAAGGAUCGAAAGGAGGUAUUUUUUGCGUCCGUGGCUCCAUCUGCACUUCCCCACCCUACUCGUAGUGUGGAGGAAAUGUGGUCGUCUAUUUCCAGCGUUAUACGUUUGACCGCGGAGAACACUCUGGGAAAGACGACUCUAGAUCGGGAUGCUUACCUAGCGGCGAAGAGGGAGGCUAAGAAAGCAGUCUCCAAGGCGAAGUCGGACCGCUACAAGGCUGUGUACGACAUGCUUGAUACUAGAGAAGGCGAGCGGGCAUUGUAUCGUUUAGUCAGAGCGCGACAUCGCUCAACGUUGGAUAUGGAACACACCAAGAUCGUUAAGGGAGCUGAUGGAGCCGUUCUGCGCCGCCCUGGUCAGAUCCUGGAGAGGUGGCGAGAGUACUACAACCACUUGUGUAACGAAGAGUUCUGUCAUCCUCCGAUCCCAACUGUUCCCAGCGUCGAGGGUCCUGUUCUACCAAUUACUGCCGUCGAAGUCAGUGCUGCCCUCGCAAAAAUGAAGUCAAACAAGGCAACUGGUCCUGAUGACAUACCUGCUGAUGUCUGGAAGCUGCUAGGAGAUCGAGGGUCCGUGUGGCUCGCAACUCUAUUUAACAAGAUCGUUGCAGAAGGACGGACUCUAGACGUUUGGCAAACUUCCGUGACCGUGCCUGUCUGGAAAGGGAAAGGAGACAUUGCUGACUGCACUUCGUACAGGCCUAUACGAUUGCUGUGCCAUACGAUGAAGGUUUUUGAGCGUGUCCUGGAGGUUCGUCUGAGGAAAAUUGUCAGCGUUUCACUCAACCAGUGCGGUUUUGUGAAGGGCUGCAGCACUAUAGAUGCUAUCCAUGCUGUCCGUACCCUUCUGGAGAAACAUCGAAAGAAGAACCGCAGUGUGCAUCUUGCUUUUCUCGAUCUCGAGAAAGCUUUCGACUGUGUCCCACAUGAGCUGUUAUGGAUGUCCAUGAGGUCGCAUAGAGUACCAGAGGAAUAUGUGCGGUGGGCAAAGCUGCUUUAUGCGAAGCCUACCAGUGUUGUCCGAUGUGCUGCUGGAACAAGCAGGCCAUUCCCUGUACAUGUAGAGGUUCAACAAGAAGCAGCAUCCGUGGACUCUACUCUUUGCCAUGUCAUGCUCGCGUCGGAGUCUCCAGGUGAUCUUCAGAAACAAGUACAGUCUUGGAAGGAUCGGCUGCAGAAAUAUGGAUUGCGCCUCAACACAUCAAAAACUGAGUACAUGGAGUGUGGACCAGGAAUAGAGGAUGGUUCAAUUCGUGUCGAUGGCACCGAAUUAAACAAGGUGAACUGUUUCAAGUACCUUGGAUUCAAAGUGACUUCCACAGGCGACAUUGAUCAAGAAGGUCGAGCACGUGUUAAUGCGGCAUGA